AUGCUGUCCGCGCCGGCGCCGGUCGACCCCUCGUCCGCCAUGCUGGCCGCCGCCUCGCCGUCGCUGGUUGCCUCACCGCUGUCGAGCGAAGCGACUGCAGACCUCACCGCGGCGGUCACGCAGCAGAUGAUUACGUCUGCGCUGUCCCCCAGCUCGUCCGCGGUCGACCUGUCGGCGAUCACGCCCCCGGCAGUCCCCGAGCAGCACCAGCAGCAGCACGAGCAGCAGGAGCAGCAGCAGGAGCAGCAGCAGGAGCAGCAGCCCCUGGCUUUCGCAGACGCAGAGCAGCAGCCCCUGGCUUUCGCAGACGCGGAGCAGCAGCAGGCUGUUGUGCAGGAAGAGCAGCAGCCUCUGGCUUUUGCAGACACGGAGCAGCAGCCCCUGGCUUUUGCAGACGCGGAGCAGCAGCAGGCCGUCGUGCAGGAGGAGCAGCAGCAGGCGUUUGAGCAGCAGCUCGAGGCCGCCGUGGCCCAGCAGGCAGGCGCUGUUGUUGAGGGCUUCUCGGCGGCGGUCGGGGAGGGCAUCCAGGGCGCCAACCUGGUCGAGAACGCCAUGCCAGCUGUCAGCGGCACGCUGCCCCAGUCCUGGCUGUCCACCUCGCCGCUCUGCCAGCUCUUCCAGGCAUACUGCACCUCCCUUGCCGAGGCGCCGCUGCCCACCAAGAUGGCCACCGGCGCCGUCGGCACCUUCCUGGGCGACCUCUUUGCGCAGUACGCUUCCCACUUCGCCGCCCGCCAGGCCGCCGGCACGGCGCGCGGCCGGCAGUCCGCCAGCGGCGGCGGCGGCGGCGCUGCGGGCGCCGAGGCGGGGUCGGCCGAGUUUGAGUACGACGCGGCGCGCUGCGCGCGGCUGGUGGCGUUCAGCGCCGCCCUGGGGACGCCCAUCGCACACUACUGGUGGGGCCCCCGGCAGUCGCUAGGAAUGGGCCCUGCGGCGAUCGGUAUUGCUCCCGGCGCUGGGCGCUCAACACACCGUCAUGCAGCCUCUCGCGACUUUCAUAACUGUGCGGUCCCCUCUCACUGA